UCAGUGGCAGCGGCCGAGGCAGACAUGGAAACAGUAUUGGCGCUUAGUAUUAUGAGUCUGUUAAGUUUAGCGGUAGCGAGCCCACGUGCACCGUGCGGCUGCAAACCGGUCUUCGAAUAUUGCGCCAACGACCACGCCACGUACCACAGCAUCUGCGAGUACAAGUGCAAGCAUCCCUCCACCCCGUUCCAGGACUGGUUUAUUCUGUACUACGGGCCUUGCGUUGGGACGUCGGAGAUUACCACUACAGAUGACGAAUCACAGAGAAUCGCUAUUUGCGGUAAAAACGGAUACGAGCGGGAGCCGCAGACCGGCGGCUGCUACAAGUUCCACCGGGUCGCGAAGCCCUGGGACGCCGCGCGGGCCACGUGUCGCCACGAGGGGGCAGACCUGGCGGUCAUCAACAGCGACACCGAAUCUCAAGCACUCCAUCGAAUUUACAAGAACAACCAGAAGGAUACGAUCGUUGGUGCUUAUGAUACCGAAGUCGCUAUGAUUGGCUUUAAAAAGAGUGGAAACGAUUGGGUGACUAUACACGGUGACUCGCUGGCCGCAGCAGGAUUCGACGGAUGGACCGCAUGGGAGCCUAACAACUUAGGCGGAAUCGAAGACUGUGGCUCCAUCUUGCGGUGGAGCGGCCGACUCAACGACUGCCCAUGCUUUAAACCUUAUCCGUUCAUUUGCGAGAUUCCUUAGUAACUCCGAGCAACACUGGCUUCCGAGGGAAUGCAAUCUCGAUCUCGCAAUUUCGAGAUCUCGCGAGAUCUCGCACGAAUUUAUGAGAUUAAAUCUCGUUGACAGGAAAUCUCGAUUUAUGCAAUCUUGGUUGAGAUCUCGAUUAAUAUUUUCGAGAUCUCGAACGACAUUGUAAGUUUGAUCCGUGUGAAUUACUUUGUUUAGAGUAAUCUUUUUGACCUUAGAUUCAUGUUGUUCCUUAGAGCAUUUAAUAACUGGAGUCGCCUUUUGAGAGCUUACCCCUCUGCCGAAAACCUUGCACAAUUGUGCAAACUUUUGUAUGGACUGGGCUAUAACCGCGAAAAUCGAAGUUCGCAAAUUGCGGGCAUUUUUAGGGUUCCGUACCCAAAGGGUAAAACGGGACCCUAUUACUAAGACUUCGCUGUCCGUCCGUCCGUCCGUCUGUCACCAGGCUGUAUCUCACGAACCGUGAUAGCUAGACAGUUGAAAUUUUCACAGAUGAUGUAUUUCUGUUGCCGCUAUAACAACAAAUACUAAAAACAGAAUAAAAUAAAGAUUUAAAUGGGGCUCCCAUACAACAAACGUGAUUUUUGACCAAAGUUAAGCAACGUCGGGAGUGGUCAGUACUUGGAUGGGUGACCGUUUUUUUUUUUGCUUUUUUUUUUUCGUUUCUUUUUUAUUAUUUAUUUUGAUUUAUUUACAUCGAUACAGCUUGAAUAAAGAAUAACGUUCGUAAGCGACAUCAGUAGGAAAGUAGUCGAUUCAGCAACUAUAGGCCUUUUGGAUUAGAAAGGAAACGUUCCGAAUAAACGGCCGUUUUUUAGGGUUCCGUACCCAAAGGUUAAAACGGGACCCUAUUACUAAGACUUCGCUGUCCGUCCGUCCGUCCGUCCGUCCGUCCGUCCGUCCGUCCGUCUGUCUGUUACCAGGCUGUAUCUCACGAACCGUGAUAGCAGAACAGUUGACAUUUUCACAGAUGAUGUAUUUCUGUUGCCGCUAUAACAACAAAUACUAAAAACAGAAUAAAAUAAAGAUUUAAGUGGGGCUCCCAAACAAGGGGCCGGUAUAUGAGGUUUUCGAUUUAGAUCUCACUUUGUAACCAUAAUUCGUUCAAUAAAUGUUUAAUAAUUGCAUUAAAUUACACGUAAAUUUGUUCACGAAGAAACCGAGUACCGACUCUUCAUGCCAUUAUAUUUUUAAUUUGCUGUUAUUCUCUACAAUUACAGUCGAAUUUAAGUAUUAUUUUCCUUCAAAACUCGCUUAAAAUGAAAAAAGUUUAAAGACUCAUCUUUAGUUAUGUAUACCUAUGUAUCAAAUGUUUUAUAAAUUACCUAUAAAAAGCAAUGUUUUAUUUCGAUUAGAUCUACAUUUUGUGCAUAUUGCAUAUCUGAAGUAUUUUCGUACUAAACUUGAAACUUUCGUUGAAACUAAAUAAAAUAAUUAUUCCAAAUGUACAGUCACCUGCAAUUUAUGUUACACAACGAAGGCCGCAAAAAUAUCUGACACGAUCUUAUUUGUAGAACCAUAAGACCAUGUCACAUAUUUUUGCGGCCUUCGAAGAGUAGGUACCGUCAUUACCACCAACUUUGCCCGCUUUUUUUUUAAAACGAAUUUCUCAAAAAACUUCACAUCAUAUGACUUUUUUUGCUCAGCACGUCCAUUGUGAUCAAACGCAUCAGUUUAUAUGAAAAAAAAAAUUAUCUUGUUUUUACCAAUUUUUUUGCGUUUUAGAGGGCGGGCAAAGAUAUCCGGGGUUUUUGCCAACAUUGCCCACGUCAAUUUGGUAUUCAAAUACAGCUCGUAUGAUGAUGAUGUCUGAUGUCUAAGGAUCACUUAAAGGUUUUGGGCAAUCCUACCAUUCCCUGUUAAUAACUUAGCACAUAAGUGUAAAAACUUUUAAAUAAAUUUGCUGGGCAAUGUUGCCUACCCGUUUUUGCCCAUUUCCAAAUAAGGCUCGCCUAAGCAUUUUACAAAGGCUAGGGUUGUCACUUUUGAGAAAAUCUGUUACAAUAGUUUAAUAAUAUGAUUUUUGUUGUGUUUUUCAUUCGUUAACGGGAUAAAACAUCUAAAUAAAGGAUAAUAAGACAAAUAAACACAGUAUAUAUUUAUAAACUUAUUUUAGUGUACAAACAUAACCUUCUUUUACUUGCGAAGUUGGGUAAAUUAGAUGAAAGUGACAACCCUAAUCCGUUUUUGGUGGUGGGCAAUGUUGGUAUGGAUGCCAAAUUACCGGAUUACUUUGCCCACCGCUAAAACUUUUGUGUAUUUAGGCCUUUUUAGUUUAAAUCUCAAUAGACAUAAUGUAUGCUUCAUGUGUUAUAACUCAAACCCGGAAAUAUUUGUCAAAGGGUUCUCAAUUUUUUCUACUUGCAUUCAUUAUUUAUAAAUUUUUUGCCCGCCGAAAUAUACCCUAUAUUAGGCAACUCGCUCAAACUCAAAAUUCCCAAGUCAAGUUAUGCACAAGUUUGGUAUGUAGUUUUGUCAGAAAUAUAACCUAUUUUCUACUAAAAAUAGCAGGGUGGCCAUAACUAUUAUAUUUUUUUCUACAUUAACGAAUUUGUUUAAAAUUGUCGUUUUGGGCAAAGUUUCCCUGGAGGCAAAGUUGGCGCUAAUGGCGUAACAUAUUAUUGCAGGUUAGUUUACUAACAAUCAAGUUAUGCAGAUACCGAUUUCGUGAACGUAUAAGUAGUUUAGUACCGCUAUUGUUUAGCGAUACCGAUUUAAGGAAAGCAAGAUUAAAUGCAUUGUUUCUCUUUCAUCUUUCAAUGGAACGCUUUUACCCUCAAAGGAGGCUAGUGGUCAAUACUAAACUAAAAGUCCAAUCUUAAAAAAACGUGAUGGGUCACUGACCUGUCCCAGUAAAGUGAGGUAGUGUGCGUGUAUUGCGCUUGUGUGUGAAAUGGGGUAAAUUGACAGAAUCUGAAAUUUUACCCACCGCUACCGUCGCCUUAAGCAACGUCGGGCGGGGUCAGUACUAGGAUGGGUAACCGUUUUUAUAGAUAAUGGUACGGAACCCUUCGUUUGCAAGUCCGACUCGCACUUGGCCGGUUUUUCUCUGUCACUCUAAUUACGCCUUCAUUGGAGUAAAAGAGAAAGAUCCCCGCAAUUUGCGAAUUUCGGUUUUCGCGGUAGCCCCUCUGACAUGGCUGUACGUUACGUAGAAAUCAUGUAGAAAUAGAAAUUCAUUUGACGUCCCCUCACCCGCAAAAAUCGGCAAGACUGUUUUGUACAGAAAAUGACAGCCAUGACUUCUCCAGUUACUAAAUACUCUGUGUUGUUCAGGCAUUGCUUUUGUGUGCGGCCGGCUUUACCUGACGAUAAACUCAUUGUGGAGCUCUCUGUGCGGAAGAAUCGGGCAAACUUAGCGUACCCACAAUUAUUUAUAUGAUUUUUGCUCGCCUACCUUACAUUUUUUGUAAGUUGUUCAGUGCUUGUCAAAAAUAUCAACAGAGCAUUUUAGUGCCUCUGCAUGCAAUAUACAAAUAAUUAUUACCACUUUUUCUUACUUACACGCAAAUUAGAGUUAAAAAUUUCUUGUUUUUUAAUAGAAGUUGAUUUUAUAUGAAAUGUUGAUUUAAUUUGUUGUUUCUGUUUCCAAAAUAUUAACAUGAUGUACCCUAAAUAAGUAUACGGAACUGUUAGAGAUUUUUGAUCAAAAUAACACAUUUAUAAUUACUUUGUGAAAUCUCGAUCUCGUCGAGAUUAAUCUCGAUCUCGAAAGUCUGACCGCCGAGAUCUCGAAACACCCAAUGUCGAUUCCGAUUUUUCGUGCGAGAUCUCGAAUCGUCAAUCUUGGUGCGAGAUUGCAUUCCCUACAGUUCCGAGACGUCGGGAGGGUGGAGCCCAGUGGCGGAUUUGCAGUCUUUACCGCCCUAGGCCCCAGCCGCCCCUUUCUCAACACCCAUCAUAUUGACUGCAUUUUGAGUUAUUUCUUGUUAUCAUCAGGGAAUUUUUUGUCACAAUUUGCCGCCCCUAAAAACUUGCCGCCCUAGGCCCUGGCCUACUUGGCCUUAGGGCAAAUCCGCCACUUUAGGUGCCCAAGCGAUUUACCGUACAAAUCGUUCUCACAUUUUUUGCGGGGGGAAACGUGCAAACAGUCGCACUUCUCGCUCACUACAGUCACUACUUAACAAAAUCCAAUCUGUAAUGACGAUCAAAUAAAAUGAAUUAAAAAGAAAACUUGUUAUCAUUUAUUACAAUAAUACUUUUCGUAACUUCUAAUAAAAAAAUAGUAGUUACGAAAAGUAGUAGUAGUUAAUCGAAAAGCAACGCAUUUUUUUUAAAUUAUCGAUAUCGAUAAAAAUGUCUAGCAGUAUGUUCAACACAUCCCUUUUUGUUGCUCAUGUUGGCAGCAGUGCCGUCCACAGCUGAGGGGCUACCGCGAAAACCGAAAUUCGCAAAUUGCGGGGAUCUUACUCUUUUACUCCAAUGAAGGCGUAAUUAGAGUGACAGAGAAAAAUGCCCGCAAUUGACGAUUUUCGGUAUUGGCGGUAGCCCUACUGUUGUCAUCAAGCUGUCAUAAUUUCUGUCCUGUUGGUACAGGAUUCUAGCGCACGUUUCAUACUACUCAGAAUAUCAAGUCAGUUAUGUAUAGAAAAUGACACACGUCAAAGACAAAUCUUGCACACCUCGAUCUCUUUUUGUGUACGGAUGAGUCACAACACGCACCGCGCUAGUUGUGGGCAUGUGCUUCGGCAGAGGGAACAUAGUGCGAAUGCCGACUCCCUUCCCGGUGUUGCUCGAAGCUUAGUAAUAUUGUUUUUUGUUUGCAAACCUGCUACCUACUCUUUGUUUUAAGGAAAUAGCAAAUUAACAAUAUGUGAUGUUUUAUUUAUUACUCUAUGGUUGAGGUGAGUCAGUAUAUGUAUACACAGACAAAUUGAGUCAAAUUGAAUAGAGAAUAUUAGGGAGUUACUGUCAUAGUAAAUUUUGUAGUCACAGUAAAUUACUGCCAUCUAUC